UUCGAAAAGCCCAAAGAGCGUCAAAAUUAAAAAUCAAUUUCCAUAGAUACCUACUUCAAACGAAAAACUUAUUAAUCGUGAGAAUGUAUCAGUACAUAACACGUCCUGUAGAAGAAAAGACGAUGUUUUACGAAAACGAUUUUGCACCGCACUUAAAAACUAAUAAAAUAUUUUCAAACAGUAAAAAAGACGAAAAUAAUUUCAACGUAAUCAUUACAAAAAAUAAAGUGACCAAAAAAGAUAUGUUAUUCUCAAUAGCAUUUGCUGCAAAACCAUUAAUUUAUUUUGCGUCUUUAUUCGGAUCAAAAUUAGUUUCAUACGAGAAGAAUGAUAUCAGAAAAAUAAUGUGGUUUAGUAGAUUAUACUCAUUGUUGUUUACUGUACACCACAUUCUGGCUGGAAUGGUAUUCGCGAGACCGCUUAGUUGGCGUUACACGAAAUCAGACGUGCCCCUCAACGUCUUAACUAAAACUUUUGGCAUUCUGAGUAUUUUAGAAGGAGCUUAUUCAGUUUUAUGCACUUCAGUCUGGAACCCUAAGUUCUACCUAGAAAUUUUCAACAAACUGGAUGCCAUUGAUACCCAUUUUCGCGUUUCUAGAACAGUGUUUGGACGACGACGAAUCAUUUCUAUAUUUCUCGUCAUCCUACCAGCAGGCCAACUCAUCUCUUGCAUUUUGUUAACAAGAUUUCGAGUGCAAAACAUUGCAGCUUACUUGAAUUUUUUUGUUCUUAUGUUGCAAGGAGCAAUUCUGUACUUUUUCGUUAUUAAUAUUUAUUUGAAACUUCUGUGGUUGAAUAAUAUUUUGGAGAACACCACUAUCAAAAGGAUCUCCAAUCAAAAAAAGAUGGUGUUUAAGGAUACAAUAUGGGAUUCUAUAGUUAAGGGUAUCUGCAAGGAGCCUAAAAUGUUAAAAGAUCACAUUAUCCGCUACAGUUGGUUUGAAUUGAUGCAGAUAUAUGACAAAGUAGCGGAUUGUAUAGAUCUAUUCAAUAAAAUAUACUGUGGUCAAAUUUUUGUGAUGUACAAUUUGUGGUUACUGUGUACUUUGUUAACAAUAUGCCGAUCGUUAUCGCCAUCUGUGAAGUAUUCAGAAGUAUAUGCCAGUGAUUUAUUCAUGUACUUUAGUUUGAACAGCCGACCUAUGUUUUUGGCAAUCAUGUGCGAAAUGUUUAUGAGCGAAAGAAAGAAAACUUUAUCAUUGUUGUUGCAUGUAUUACAGUUACAUGAAGGAGAUGAUCAGAAGUACAGUCAAAUAAAGACCAUGAUAAUGCUAGCGGAGUCACGCAAGUUAGAAAUAACUACCAACGUCUUCGCCAUCAAUGUCCCUACUGUCAUGAACUUCGCCGGUCGAACUAUAUCCUAUACUGUGCUGAUGAUUCAAUAUUUCUAUAAUCACGUCUUUUAAAAUAAAUAAAAAUGUACCAAUAUUGUAUGAAUUCAA